GAUUAUUGAGUGAGCGCAAACAGGAUAUUGCUGUCAUCUGUCAACAAAGCAGAAACUCUUAUUUUUAGAUGUUUUAGUCCAUUCAAAUCAACUCUGGAGGAGACAAUUAUUUUGCUCGAACUCUAUUUAGUUAUUAUGGUCAUUUCAUGUUCAUGGGCUGUAUAUUUUCUGUUCGUUUCUAAACCUGUAAUUGGGAAAAUUUAAGAUUGUUUCAAAUUAAGAGAAGCAGCUAGCUAGCCUUGUAUGGCCAGUCUAUGUUCAUGUCACAUUCAGAAGUGAAAUGAAUUGUGGGUUUUCUUGACAUCACUCAUCGCUAGCUACCUGAAGUUUGUUGAACGGCAAAAUGGACUUUUCCAAAUUUCUGGACGAUGAUUUCGACGUGAAGGACUGGGUGAAUGGGGCCUUCAAGAUGCAGAAGGAUGUGCCUGGGAAGGCAGAUGCACACGCGGCAACGCUGGUCAUGAAACUGCAGUUGUUCAUCCAGGAAGUCAACAAUGCAAUAGAGGAGAGCAGUAACCAGGCCCUGCAGAACAUGCCCAGAGUGCUGCGGGACGUGGAGGCCCUGAAGCAGGAAGCGUCAUUCCUGAAGGAGCAGAUGGUCCUUGUCAAAGAGGACAUCAGGAAAUUUGAGCAGGACACUGUUCAGUCCAUGCAGGUCUUGGUGGAGCUCGAUCAGGUCAAGUCUCGGAUGCACCUAGCCUCCGAUGCACUACAGGAGGCAGACAAAUGGAGCACGCUCAGUGCAGACAUCGAGGAGACCUUCAAGACACAGGACAUGGCUGUAAUCUCUUCUAAACUGACCGCCAUGCAGAAUAGCCUGGCUAUGCUGGUGGACACACCAGACUACUCUGAGAAAUGUGUGCACCUGGAGGCUCUGAAGAACAGGCUGGAGGCCUUGGCCAGCCCCCAGAUAGUAGCCACCUUCAACUCCAUGUCUAUAGACCAAGCCAAGCUCUUUGUGAAAGUCUUCACAGAGAUCGACCGAAUGCCACAGCUUCUUGCCUACUACUACAAGUGUCAUAAGGGUCAGCUGGUGAGUGUGUGGCAGGACCUGUCUCAGAGUGAGCUGAGUCUAAAUCAGCAGCUGGCUGAGUUCUACGACACCCUGCUCUCCACCUGGCACUCCCAGCUACAGUGGAGCAGCCAGGUGUUUAAGAACCCAUACGAGGUGGUGACAGUGCUGCUGAUCCAGACCCUGGGGGCCAUGGUGCCCUCCAUCCCUGUGUGUCUGAGCACGGCCAUGGAGCGCGCCCCCCAGGAGCAGCGGCUGGACACCCUGCUGGAGCUUCACCACACCGCUGCCACCUUCGGCAGGAGCCUGGCGCAAGCCAUGUUGCCUCACCUGGGCGAGAACAACCUGCUUAAGGUGAAUGAGCUGGUCAGUGCCCUGUAUGACCCCUACAAACCCUACCAGCUGCAGUAUGGAGACCUGGAGGAGUCCCACCUCCUCAUUCAGAUCAGCGCCGUGCCCCUGGAGCGUGGUGAGGUGAUAGACUGUGUAGAGGAGCUGAGUCACUCAGUGGGGAAGCUGUUUGGCCUGGCUGGUGCUGCUGUUGACCGCUGUGUCAAACUGACUGACGGCCUCGCCUUGUGUGGCCUCCUCAAGGCCCUCAAAGCCCUCUUCGCCAAGUAUGUGUCAGACUUCUCCACUACUCUGCAGUCAGUCAGGAAGAAGUGCAGGUUGGAGGACAUGCCCAGUGCUGCUGUGUUCCAAGAGGAUUGGACUGCCUUCCAGAACUCGGUCAGGAUCAUUGCCACCUGUGGGGAGUUGCUGAGACAGUGUGGAGCCUAUGAGCUGCAGCUGUCAAACAAGAUCCUGGCCACGGCGGGGAAGUACCUGUCUGAGUCGUACAGCCCAAGGAGCCUGGCGGGCAUCCAGGAAGCCAGCUCCACAGAGAGGAAGGCAAGCGGCAGGAACCCCUGGCAGGAGUAUAACUACCUGCAGAGGGGCAACAUGUCAGAGUACAACAGCCUGAUGGGGCUGCUCUACUCCCUCAAGGAGAAGGGGACAGGUAACUCCAGUCUUCUGGCUGAGCCCCGAGUGGCUCUGACCCGUCUCAACCAGCAGGCCAACCAGCUGGCUUUCGACUCGGUCUUCCUGCAGAUCAAACAUCAACUCUGCUUGGUCUCCAAAAUGGAGAGCCGAGACGCAGGAGGUUUUGGAGAGAGCUAUGCUGAAGACCUGCCUACCUUCAGCUUGUCCCCACAGGAGUACAUCACCAAUAUAGGACAGUACAUCAUGUCUCUGCCACUCCACUUGGAGCCCUUUGUGACGCAAGAAGACCCGGCGCUGGAGUUGGCCCUGCACGCAGGAAAGCUGCCUUUCCCUCCUGAGCAAGGUGAUGACCUUCCGGAGCUGGACAACACAGCAGACUACUGGCUGGGCUCCAUUGCCAGGGCGACCAUGCAAACAUACUGUGACGCCAUCCUGCUCAUCCCAGAGCUCACGGCCCACUCCACCAAACAGCUGGCCACCGACAUCGACUAUCUGAGCAACGUUAUGGACGCUUUGGGCCUGCAGCCCUCCAGGACCCUUCAGCAGAUAGUGACCCUGCUGAGGGCCAAGCCAGAGGAGUACAGACAGACGGCCAAACUGCUGCCCCGCAGACUGGUGUCCACCAUCGCUGCCCUCAGAGGGCUGGACCACUGACCACGGUCACACUCUAAACCGAUUUGAUCGCUACAAUUUGGAGUCUGGACCCCUGGUAUGACGAAGAACUGAGAAGUACCCAUUUGGGGAUAUUCCCAUCAUGCAACAUCUUCAAAUCAAAUAUUGUAACUGCUUUGGCAUCAUACUAUUGGCAAUUCUGUUAGUAAAAAAAAAAGAUUAUUUUCUAUUAUGUUACAUUUUUGUUCAUUUACACUUAUAUUGGGGUAAAUCCGGGUAGAAUUGGUUUUGCUUAUUUGUAAUGUACUGGAAUCUCCACUAAUUUAAUAAACAUGUGGCCUUGUUGUCUUCAA